AUGUUCAAGAAGAAGCCCACAAUCAAGCCUCUCGCACCUCUGCGCUCCUCAGACCGACGAAAGCUCGCCGACCAGAUCAUCAAAGACUACAACCUCGAAGACACCAACAGCCCAGAAGCAGAGCAGACGCCCGAACAGAAGACCGAAGCGGUGAACGCACACACAUCGUUACGAAACUCCCUGCUACCCGACAACACUCAAUCCGCCCGCUUCACCACAACCCAAGGUCCCGAUCUUAAACAAGCCUCUGGCACUGUAUACGUCGGCAGCCAUGAUGGAGAAGAGGCGCGGAUAUUAUGGUUCCAGAUCGAGGGGCGGAUGUACCCUUCAGUGUACACGCUCUGGAGGAACCCAGAUAUCGUAGCUCUACUGCACACGCCUGAUGUUGCAGUGGAUAGGCUGCGCGCUGGAGCGGACCUCAUGACGCCCGGUCUGGCAGGCGGUCCACCAUUCCCCGAACGAGCGAAGAAGGGUACUGUGGUGGCUGUCGCGAGUACGGAUAAGCCUUCAGUACCUGUGGCCGUUGGGUGGUGCGAGGUGGAUGUGAGUGCUUUGGAGCAGGUGCGGGGAGCGAAAGGACAUGCAGUGAGGAACAUGCAUUGGGCUGGGGAUGAGGUGUGGAACUACGGUGCUACGGGAAGAGCUGGGCAGGCUGCGCCGGAGGAGAUUGACGGGUGGAAGAGGGUGCUUGAGGCGAGAGGGCUGGCGGAGAAGGUGGAUGCGCUGGAUUUGGAUGAGGACGAGGUGGAUGGUGGUGUUGCGCUUACGGACGCGGAUGAGCAGUCUGGGCCGGCAUCGAAGCAGACGAAUGGCUACAACACGUCCGUCGAGGGCGAGGAUGCGCCUGCGAACGACAUCGCACCGACGAAGGAGCUCACGCAGACGGAGAUCGACACUGCCUUCCGCAACGCCUUCCUCUACGGCAUCCACAAGCACAAGGAGACCAACUCGAAUGCCCCCAACUACGGCCUCGUCUUCCCCCUCUCCCAAUCCUUCGUCGUGUCCAAUCUCAUCCAGCCCUUCCUCCCCGCCUACACCCCAGCAGAAGCCCAACAACUCCAGAUCAAGAAAACCAGCUGGAAGAAUAUCAAAAAGUUCAUCAAAGCCCUCGACAAACAACAGAUCCUCAAGUCCAAGGAAAAGGACGGCCACGAGACCGUCAUCCUCGACAUCGACUUCGACGACGCCGCCAUCAUGAACUUCAAACCCUACCGCCUCCCCAAGAAAGAGACCCUGGGGGGUGCAUCCCAAGGCCGCGGCGAGAAAGCCACCGAGCAGAUCGACACGGGCGACGACAGCGUGGGUCAGAAACUCCAGGUGAUAUCCUAUUACAGACCAACCAGCAAACUCGCACCCCUCUUCACCACCGCCACCAAACCCCUCCUCACCCCGCCGGAAGUCCGAGAGCUCGUAACCGCCUAUAUCGAGUCCGAAAACCUCCUGGCCGAAACCAACAAACGGCUCGUCAAGCUCGACCCAACCCUCUCCAACGCCGUCUUCGACGGCUCCACCAAUCUCGACAAAGAAGUCCUGGCAAAAGGCACAGUUCCCCGCGACGCCCUGAUCGACCGCGUGCUGCACGCCAUGAACCCCAGCUACGCCAUCGUGCGCAACGGUGCCGACCCUGCAAGCGUGAAAGCGCGCAGUGGAGCGCCGCCGAAAAUCCACAUCACACUCGAGAACCGGACGGGGAAUAAGCGGGUGACGAAGGUCAGCGGGUUGGAAGCGUAUUUCGUCAGUCCCAAACUCCUGGCUGAUGAGCUGCGCAAGACGUGCGCAGGAAGUACAUCGGUGGAGGCCUUGGCGGGAGCGGCGAAGAAGACGGAGAAGCCGGUCGAGGAAGUGAUGAUUCAGGGGCCGCAGAAGGAUGCUGUAGUGGCGGCGUUGGAGAGGAGAGGGGUGGACAGGCGGUGGGUAGAGGUUUUGGAUAAGACCAAGAAGAAAAAAUGA